UUGGAAUUGAGCCAAAAAUAGAAUGACGUACUUGUUGAAUGCCCGGAUGUCCAGACAAAUAUAUAGUCUGGAAACCAGAAAUAGUAACAUCAAAACGAAACAAAGUUUCCGUGUCUCGUAGUUUCAUGCUUUCGCAAUCAUCAGACGGUGGAAACCAUUUAUCUGUUAUUUCUAAAUUCAGCAUGAUGAAAUAUCAGUAUCCGCCUGUUUUCAAAGAUUUUGUCAUCCACGUUGUCCGAUCUUUAGGCAGUUCAGAUCGUGCAGCAUUGAGGUUUAACUGCCGGGGACUUAUUCCGGGUUCGAUGUUCGAUGGCGACAUGUUUGAGAUAAUCGCGUCUCUGGUGCAAGUGAAUGAGUUAUCAUUCAUGAAUAUGUCGCUGCUGAACAAUUUCCUCUCACGUAUUGGUCAUUCCGAGUUGCUGAGAGAGCUGGUAAAAGUGGAAAUGAGGAUCUCAGUUGGUGUAAUCUUGGGCGAAUAUCUGAAGUUUAGAUCUGUCAAUGGCUUCCGCCGAGGAACUAGCACGAGACCUGAUAAUUCAAACAACAUCGUGAAGUUUCUGUUUUCGAAGAAACAGGGGAUAGCAGAAGUCCGUGGGUGGCUAAGGCAACUCAGUUGUCACAAUAUUCGCAACUUCGAGCUGGAUUUGAAUAAAGUCAUUCGCAGUCUGCAACUCUCCUGGCCUGUCAUUACGAUGGCACUGGUGAUUAUUGGUGAGCUGUAUGCCUCUUCUUUUCGAAGUCAAAAUUCAGAAGACGUUUAUGUCACAGAGGAGGAUUAUUUCGUAUAUUCAUUUUCCCAUUCUGAGACAUGCGGGUUGCUAUCAGAAUGGAUCCUUCAGAAUGGUGGUUUGAAAGCCUAUGAAGAUUUUAUCAUAAAGCGACAAGGAGCCACUAUCAGAUCCAUGCAGUCAUCCAUUGAAGAAUCUCUGACAGAAAUACUUCAAUUGCCUUGAAAUUGAUUUGAAGAUGCUCGUUAUUAUGAAACCAUGUUGAACAUGGUUUCCUAACCGUUCAUACGGUGUAAAAAAAGAGCAAACCCCUACUCCUUUACCCUCUACUCCUUUACCCCCUACUCUUUUACCCCCUACUCCUUUACCCCUACUGUUUUACCCCCUACUCCUUUACCCCCUUCCUCCCCUCUUAUAGACUGCCACCUUGCCGUGGUGGAGGGGCUUGUGCGUUUCAAUGAUCCUUAGAACUCAGCCGGCGGAGGCAUGGGAGCCUCUGGUAGGUACAACCAAGCCGGAAAGAUCAAAGGGGAGAAACCAGACCAAAAGGCAGUCAAUAUUCAUUUAUUUCGAACGUGACAUUUAUUUUUGUUUUCAUUCUCAAUUAGUGUUGGUGCUUGCACACAAAAAGUAAUUGUAUCCUACCAUCUUCUUUAUUGUAUUUAACUAUCUUUUGUAUUUUUUUAAUUAGCAUCUAUUUUCUAUAAAAAAAGGAAAAA